UGACAAGACGGGUCCAUUCAACAGUGUGUUGUCGAGGAAAAGUAAUGGGGAGGAAAUGUCCAACAGAGAAAGAGACAAGGGUUGUGAAGCUGUUUCCGACCUUGAAAUCACUUCUACUAGUGGAUAUGAAGAUGAUAACAUGGUAAUGGGAAGUUCUUUAGCUCAGAGUCCGGACGUUGAAGACGCUCAAGGGGAUCUACAAAGUGGGUUACCUUUUGACAGUAGUGGAGGUUUUGCUAGUGAUAUGUCGCCUCGUCGUUUAUCAAGUGAGAUAGUGUUUUCCUCUAGUUCUAGUAGGAGAAGGAGAAGUGGCCUGAAGAGUCGGAGAUUUGAUAGUCAAUCCAUAAAGCCCCAGACUUCUCUCCAGAGUUGUCUUAUGGCCCAGUUGUACGAAGAAUGCGAUGAAAGUGAAGAAUAUGUGCGCAAUUCAUUGGUCAAACCACGUUUGAGGCCAUUUCUUGUCACUGAUGGAAGUAGGAUAAUCAGCACAGCACCGUGUGAAUCCCUCACUGUACCAAUUGGAACAUCAGGAGGGGAACGGUGGGUAAGGAAGGAUGGGUACUCACAAGUAAAUUCGACUGUAUGUGGCAUUCCCGCACUGCCUAAUAUCGAACCUGCAGAGUUUGGGAAGAGAGCUAAAACUAGAGAGAAACAGAAGCAUGGGUUUGAAGGAAUUCAGUCUAGCAAAGCUUCCCAUGGAACAUCCAACAGGUCUCUUCUUUUCUACUUCGGGCUAACGUUGGGUGUAGUAUCUUCUUUCAUGGCAAACAAACAAGAAGUCGAACAGAUGAAAAGCUUGUUGAAGCAGAAUGAGAAUCUGGUCCAAGAUCUACAGGAGGAACUUGAGAUGAAAGAUUCCUUAACUGUAAAGGAGCUUGCUACAGAUAAUUACGAAUCAAAUGAUGUACAUAAUGAUUCUUGCACCGAUGAUACUGUGCUUCCUUCAUCUCUCAAAGAGAAAUUUGAUGAAGAAUCUUUCCAUGAGAAGCCCGAGGAGCAAUCAUUAUAUGCAAUCGAAGCAGAGCUUGAAGUGGAGCUGCAGAGAUUGGAAUCAAGCAUGAACUCAUCCAGUUUGGAAGGGAAACUUUGCAAUCUAUCAGGGUUUGAUCCAGACUUUGUAUCAGAUUUUCACGAGGGAAAGUUAAGGUCUCGCUCGUUUGCUGCCGAGUUUCAUGGUAAGAGUGAUGAAAGCCGAAGCUCCACCCCACGCUCUUGCCCCUAUCCAGUGUCCCCUAGAGAGCUGAGUUUGCGUCUGCAUCAAGUCAUCCAAUCAAGACUAGAAGAACGGAUAAAGGAGCUUGAGACGGCGCUUCAGAACAGUCAGCAAAAGUCGAAGUACAUGGGAUCCAAGCAUGUCCAUCCCUGGAGGGAGCUAUCAGGCUCCGGAACACGAAACUCUUCUACACGCGACAGCCCAAUUGCUAGAAACGGACACGAGUCCAAGGAUGAACCAGUCGUCAUCAGUCUAUCAGGGGAAGCACUGGCUGCCUACAACGAGGCCUAUGACGUGUUCACAAAGGUCUCUGAAUCAGAUGAAGAAGAUUUCCAAGCUGGGUUCGAGAAUGGAUAUCAUGCCGAGUAUGAUUUGAAUGAGGUUCAGGAAACAGUGUUUGAUCAGCGAACGGAGGAAGAUCUUUAUUCACCGCAGAACAAUGCCUUGGGCUGCAGAAGGGACGAAGGCGAAGAUUGUGCCGAGGACGACGAGAUAGAGAGACUGCUGAUAAAGCAAAUCGUAGAGAAAGCCAGACAAGGCUCACCUGCAGUUUUGAAAGCUCAAAGAGAAUUUUUGUUGUUGAAUAUUGACAAUGAACAUUAACUUAGAAGAUAAAUAGAGAGGCUAAUUUGCAUAAAGAUUAA